UGUAGCAUACAAUAUAAAAUUGUACUUAUGGUGUACGACGACCAAGAUUUAGUGAAAAGUCGAGAAAAUGGAAGAAGAGAGAAAAACAACGGCGGUGGCGGAGCUGAUUGAGAAGGCCACCAAUUCAAUCGAGCCCAAUCUUGAUCCACGUCUCCUUAAGUCCAUCAAAUUUGUGGUCCGCUCUUCUGAAUUGGACCUCCGAAUUGCUGCUCAAACCCUAAUGAACCUCAUGAAACGAGACCAUUCUCAGGUAAGGUAUCUUACACUUCUCAUUAUUGAUGAAUUAUUUAUGAGGUCAAAGCUUUUUAGAACCCUUCUUGUUGAGAAGUUGGAUCAUUUGUUAAGUUUAAGUGUUGGAUUCAGAAGAAAUUUGCCACUUCCUGCUCCACCAGCUGUUGCAUCUCUUCUGCGUUCGAAGGCCAUUGAAUUUCUCGAGAAGUGGAACACCACUUUCGGAAUUCAUUAUAGGCAGCUUAGAUUAGGUUACGAUUACCUGAAAAACACCCUUAGGUUUCAAUUUCCUAAUCUGCAAGCUAAUGCUGCUCGAAUGCAGCAGCAGAGAAGCGAAAGGGAGAGGAAGACAAAAGAAAUCCUGUUGAAUAAAUUUCAACUUCUGAAAGGAAGUUUUUCAACAAUCAAGGAUGAAAUACAGUCUACAAUUGAUGAAAUAGGAGAAUGCUUGGAUAUAAUUAAAUCUAAAGAUGAGAAUAUGUCAUUGGCUCCUAUAGAUGAUGAAGAGAUGGAAGAAUUUCGCAAUUCUGAACUACGGCAGAUCCGCUUUGAUUCAUUGAAAGAAGGAGAGAAGGUUCAUGAAAAUAGUGAGAAUAAAGUGGUUUUUGAUGCUUUGAGGGAAUCAUACAAGCUAUUAGUGACCAAGCAUUUAGUUUCUGUUCAAGAGUGGAUAUCUGUUCUCAUAAGGGUUGAAACAUCAGAGAACAGGUUCAGGGACUUGAUGUUAAAGGAGUUCAUUGACAUUCGCAACCGUGUCCAAUUAGUAAAGAAGAAAUGUGAGGAAUCAGGGUGUAUUCUUCCAAACACUAAAAAUCACGAGGAAGAUGACUUUUGGGAAGAGGGACAGGUUGAAACACAUGGUAAUGGGAGAAUUAAUCCACCCAGUAAGAUAAGUGAGGAUACUUCUAUUGCAUCUACAUCUCAUGAAAAAAUUGAGUACGCUGGAUAUGAUGAUAGAGGAUUAAAUGGCAACAAGCCAAAUCAUGAUGGUAACAAAACCGACUUAGAUCCUCUGAAGAGUAAGCUUUUAGCUGAAGCUCCAGUAAUGAACUGGGGUUCGUUUUUGGAUAAUUGGGGCUCAAAUCGGGAUUUUAUGGCUCACCAAAGGGGACUGGAACUUGAAAGUCAUUGGGGCAGGGUGGACUAUGAUGCAGUUAUUCCGGCAGCAAAGAUAGCAGAGUUGAAUGUUCAAACAACUCUUUACAAUGAAGAGCCUGUUGCACUCCAGGAAUGUCGUGCACCAUUAAGGAAAGGCGGACUUUGUCGAAGAAGAGACCAGAGAGUUUGCCCAUUCCAUGGUCCCAUUGUUUGUCGGGACGAUGAAGGCAAACCAAUAUAUCAAACAUCUUCAGUGGAGACAACUGCUCUGGAUUUAGGGGAAGACGUGUUAGAACAACUGGCACAACAAGCUGUUAGUAAUGUUAGGAAAAACGACCAAGAGGAAGCAAAGAAGAAAGAACAUGAUAAAAAGUCUUUAAAGCGAGCUAGGCUUGCAAAAGUUCGGGAACACAAUGAUGCUGUUUUACGAGAUGCUGCCCUUGCUUCGACUUCAGGAUCUCAACACUUUGGUGAGGACAUGGGGACAAUGGGUGGAAGUUCAUCUACCAGAAACAAAAAACAGACCCUUGCAUCAAUGCUUAAAAAGAAAGUGACUGUGAAAGAUAGAUUAUCUCAGAGGCUUUUGAACACACGGGUUAGGGACUCUACAACAAAACAGUUGACGCUGGGGGAAGAUGCCAAAUACAGAGAAGCCUUUCCGAAUCAAUGGUAAAAAGAACGUACGUGUCAACCUAAUGUUUAUUAUUUCUGUGGAUGUCAAAUAUGCGGAAGCAGUCUGUAAUGGUGUGUAUGGUGUAGGUCUUCAGUUUACACUUGUUAAACAUCUGUAUAAGGUCUUUUUAUUGUAGUUUUUUUUCCAGUAGAAGUGUUUGGGAAAAAGAGUAUAUCAGUAGAUGUCAGAAACUUGUAGCAUGGUAACCGUGAGUCCAUUACUGACUUUGUAAUUGCGUACAAAGAAUACAUUUUUUGCAUGUAAACUCACUUAAUAGAUUUGAACCUUCUUGUUCAUUUA